AUGGAUUUUUCAUCAUCAUGGAUUAACACUUCCUUGGAUCUCAACAUUAAUCCACGCACUAGGGUUCAUCAACAAGCUGCUCCUGUAAGUUUCAAGAAAUAUGAGGUGGAAAACAAUUUUUUCUCAUUAGGGAUGAUGAGUAUAUCUUCUGCAAAAGAAGAGUCAAGUGUUGCCUUGGUGGAGGAGCUGAAACGAGUGAGUGCAGAAAACAAGAAGUUGACAGGAAUGUUGACAGAGAUGUGUGAGAAUUACAACACAUUGAGAAACAAUUUGAUGGAAUAUAUGAGAAAGAAUCCUGAUCAUAAGGAGAAAAGAAAAUCUGAUGAAAUAAGCAGCAGUAACAAUCUAAUGGGAGGAGGAGUUACUGGAAACAACUCUGAGAGCAGUUCAAGUGAUGAAGAUCAAUCAUGCAAGAAACCAAGGCAAAUAGUAGAAACUUGCAUUAAGGCUAAAGUUUCAAGAGUUUAUUUCAAGACAGAAUCAUCUGAUUCAAGCCUUAUUGUGAAAGAUGGAUAUCAGUGGAGAAAAUAUGGACAAAAGGUGACAAGGGAUAAUCCAUCUCCAAGAGCAUACUUCAAAUGCUCAUUUGCUCCAAGCUGCACAGUGAAGAAGAAAGUGCAAAGAAGUGUUGAUGAUCCAUCAGUUGUGGUUGCAACAUAUGAAGGAGAGCAUAACCAUCCUCAUCCUUCGCAAACCGAGCCAACAAACAAUCGUUGUAGGAACCAAAUUAGUCCAGUAGCACCUUCUUCUUCUGCACCAAGUACAGUUACACUUGAUUGGACAAAGAAAGCACCUUCUUCUGCACCUUCUAAGAAUAUGAUGAUAAAUAAUCCCAAAAUGGAAGUACCACAGAUUUUGGUGGAACAGAUGGCUACUUCAUUGACCAAGGAUCUUAACUUCAGAGCAGCACUUGCUGCUGCUAUAUCAGGAAAAAUGUUACACCAGAAUUAGUUCAAGUCAAGUGUUCUAUAUAUAAAGGAUCAUUUUUAAAACAUGGCAUAGGAUCUCUAUAUAUGUAAAUACAACAUAGAGAAAGUAGGAAUAUUCCUCAUUUUGAUUCAUUAAGUAGGAAAGGAAUAGCAUGUCCAAUUGUUUAUGUUUUUGCAAAUCAGGCUCGCUCAGUUUUUUAUA